CUCAUUUUAAUCAUCGCAGCGCUGUGUGUUAUGGACAGGGAAGCUGUACUGUGCUCUGCGCUUCAAAGGGGAUUUCUCUGCAAGGUUUCUGGGCAGCGGCUGAAAUGCCCACAGCAAGCUGAGGUGCUGCCCUUCCACUGCUCCUGACUGAGCAAAGGAGGCUUCUAGCAGGCUCCAGAGCUGGAAAAUCCUCUGCAUUGAGGCUGCAACAUAAAAUGCUCAGCUCAGCCCUGCUGUGAAUCGUGGGCUCUCCAGCUCAGCACCCCGGGCUCAGCGUGCAAACUGUGCACUGCCAAGCACAGCAUGGGGACGUCUCUGGCCGCGGGUCCUGUCUAUCACAAUGGAUAAACCUGAUUGAGCAGAAGGCAUCUCAGUGCCACGUGAUGCCUCCCUCGUUACUCUGCACCAUAAACAGCAGGCUGAUGCUGCAACCAGCUUUCUGAGGGCUGCGAGAUCCGGGAACCUGGACAAAGCCUUGGAUCACCUGAGGAAUGGGGUAGAUAUUAACACCUGCAAUCAGAACGGGCUGAACGCCCUGCAUCUUGCCUCCAAAGAAGGCCACGUGAAGAUGGUGGCUGAGCUGCUGCACAAGGAGAUCGUUUUAGAAACGACAACCAAGAAGGGGAACACGGCCCUGCACAUCGCGGCCCUGGCGGGACAGGAGGAUGUGGUCCGGGAGCUGGUGAACUAUGGAGCAAACGUCAAUGCGCAGUCGCAGAAAGGCUUCACGCCCCUCUACAUGGCAGCGCAGGAAAAUCACCUGGAAGUCGUCAAAUUCCUGCUGGAGAGCGGCGCCAACCAAAAUGUAGCCACAGAGGACGGCUUCACGCCACUGGCCGUGGCUCUGCAGCAGGGGCAUGAGAACGUGGUCGCCCACCUCAUCAACUAUGGGACGAAGGGGAAGGUCCGUCUUCCCGCUCUGCACAUCGCUGCCCGCAACGAUGACACCAGAACGGCCGCGGUGCUCCUGCAAAAUGACCCCAACGCCGAUGUCCUCUCCAAGACCGGAUUUACUCCCCUGCACAUCACGGCUCACUACGAGAACCUCAACGUGGCCCAGCUCCUGCUGAACCGCGGUGCUAACGUCAACUUCACCCCACAGAAUGGGAUUACUCCACUGCAUGUGGCCUCCCGCCGGGGCAACAUCAUCAUGGUGCGGCUGCUGCUGGACCGAGGGGCCCAGAUAGAGACAAGGACCAAGGACGAGCUGACUCCCCUGCACUGUGCAGCCAGGAAUGGACACAUGCGAAUCAUGGAGAUCCUGCUGGACCACGGGGCUCCUAUCCAAGCAAAAACCAAGGCUGUUCCCUGCCCUCAGAACGGCCUGUCGCCCAUUCACAUGGCGGCUCAGGGAGACCACCUGGACUGCGUGCGGCUGCUGCUGCAGUACAACGCUGAGAUCGACGACAUCACGCUGGACCACCUCACGCCGCUGCACGUGGCCGCGCACUGCGGGCACCAUCGUGUGGCCAAGAUGCUGCUGGACAAGGGGGCCAAGCCCAAUGCCCGAGCACUGCCGCCUCCCUGUCUGUCUGUAGAACGGCUUUACGCCCCUGCACAUUGCCUGCAAGAAGAACCAUCUCCGGGUGAUGGAGCUGCUGCUGAAGACCGGUGCCUCCAUCGAUGCUGUCACAGAGUCUGGCCUGACCCCUCUGCACGUGGCCGCCUUCAUGGGGCACCUGUCCAUCGUCAAGAUCUUGCUCCAGCGCGGCGCAUCCCCCAACGUCUCCAAUGUGAAGGUGGAGACACCCCUGCACAUGGCGGCCAGAGCUGGGCACACGGACGUGGCCAAGUACCUGCUGCAGAACAAAGCCAAAGUAAAUGCCAAAGCCAAGGACGACCAGACCCCAUUGCACUGCGCCGCACGCAUUGGCCACACGAGCAUGGUGAAGCUUCUGCUGGAGAACAACGCCAACCCCAACCUGGCCACCACAGCCGGGCACACCCCCCUGCACAUCACUGCCCGGGAGGGGCAUGUGGACACCUCCCUGGCACUGCUGGACAAGGAGGCCUCGCAGGCCUGCAUGACCAAGGAUUUACCCCUCUCCAUGUUGCAGCCAAAUACGGGAAGGUGGACGUGGCCAGAGUGCUGCUAGAGCAUGAUGCCCACCCCAAUGCAGCAGGGAAGAACGGCCUGACCCCGCUGCACGUGGCUGUCCACCACAAUAACCUGGAGAUCGUGAGGCUGCUGCUGCCCAAGGGGAGCUCCCCGCACUGCUCGGCCUGGAACGGCUACACCCCCCUGCACAUUGCGGCCAAGCAGAACCAGCUGGAGGUGGCCAGAAGCCUGCUGCAGUAUGGGGCCUCUGCUAAUGCUGAGUCCAUGCAAGGCGUGAUGCCUCUGCACCUCGCUGCCCAGGAGGGGCACGCAGACAUGGCGGGGCUGCUCAUCUCCAAACAGGCCAAUGGGAACCUGGGCAACAAGAGUGGCCUGACUCCUCUGCACCUGGUAGCCCAAGAGGGACAUGUGCCAGUCGCGGAUGUUCUGAUCAGGCAUGGCGUCACGGUGGAUGCAGCAACCCGGAUGGGCUACACCCCGCUGCACGUGGCCAGCCAUUAUGGAAACAUCAAGCUGGUGAAAUUUUUGCUGCAGCACCAGGCAGAUGUCAAUGCAAAGACCAAGCUAGGGUACACCCCUCUGCAUCAGGCCGCGCAGCAGGGUCACACGGAUAUUGUCACGCUGCUGCUGAAGCACGGGGCCUCCCCCAACGAGGUCAACACGAAUGGCACCACGCCUCUGGCCAUUGCUAAGCGCCUCGGCUACAUCUCUGUCACAGACGUGCUAAAAUUAGUUACAGAAGAAACCAGCAUCCCGUUGGUCAGUGACAAGCACCGCAUGAGUUUCCCUGAGACAGUGGAUGAGAUCCUGGAUGUGUCUGAGGACGAAGGCUCUGCUCAGGUCACUGCCAUGGGAGAGGAGCUGGCUGACCACAGGCCUGAGAAGCAGGAUUCCAGGGAGCAGGUUGAGGAGAAGGAGAUAGAGUUUGUCCCCAAGCUGGAUCAAGUGGUGGAGUCUCCAGCCAUCCCGUGGAUCCCCUGCGUCACACCUGAGACCAUGGUGGUCAGACGGGAGGAUUCUGAGCAGCUGUCCAAGGAGUUUGACGAAGACUCCCUAAUCCCCAGCAGCCCCGCAACAGAGACCUCAGACAACAUCAGCCCUGUGGCCAGCCCCGUGCACACAGGUUUCCUGGUGAGCUUCAUGGUGGACGCCCGUGGUGGCUCCAUGAGGGGCAGUCGACACAACGGGCUGCGAGUGAUCAUCCCCCCCCGAACCUGCGCCGCGCCCACCCGCAUCACCUGCCGCCUGGUCAAGCCGCAGAAACUGACAACUCCACCGCCCCUGGCUGAGGAGGAGGGUCUGGCCAGUAGGAUCAUCACGCUGGGGCCCACUGGCGCCCAGUUCCUGAGCCCUGUGAUUGUGGAGAUCCCACACUUUGCGUCGUAUGGGCGGCAGGAUCGGGAGCUAGUGGUGCUGCGCAGCGAGAACGGCUCCAUCUGGAAGGAGCACCACAGCCGCUACAACGAGAGCUACCUGGACCAGGUGCUCAACGGCAUGGACGAAGAGCUGGAGAGCCUGGAGGAGCUGGAGAAGAAGAGGAUCUGCCGCAUCAUCAGCACCGAUUUCCCCCUGUACUUCGUGGUUAUGUCCCGUAUCUGCCAGGACCGCGACCUGAUUGGCCCUGAUGGGGGGUGUUUGAAGAGUACACUGGUUCCCAUGGUGCAGGCCACCUUCCCAGAGACAGCCGUCACCAAGGGAGUCAAACUGGCUCUGCAGGUACCGGGUGUCCCUAUCCCUGGGAACGGACAGAGGGACGGGGCCUGGGCCGGCUGUGCAGGUACCGGGUGUCCCUGCCCCUGUGGUGAAUGGGCAGGCAAAGAAGAGGCGGGCUUUUCCAAGGCAGCGGGCUGGUUCCAGACCAGCCGUGCUGGGCAGCAGUUACUCCAUCGUCUCCCAGGACAAGGAGUGCCAGCCGGCGACUGGUUCCGAGCUGGGGUUGGGGGAGCUGACCCUCAUGGCCUUGCCUGUUCUGUCCCACAGGCUCAGCCCGUGCCAGAUGAGCUGGUGACGAAGCUGCUGGGGAACCAGGCGACCUUCAGUCCCAUCGUCACCGUGGAGCCGCGCCGCAGGAAGUUCCACCGGCCCAUCGGGCUCCGCAUUCCACUCCCACCCUCCUGGAAGGACAAUCCCCGGGACAGUGGGGAGGGCGACACCACCAGCCUGCGCCUGCUCUGCAGUGUUAUCGGAGGCACAGGCCAAGCGCAGUGGGAGGAUAUCACAGGAACCACAAAGCUGGUCUAUGCCAACGAGUGUGCCAACUUCACCACCAACGUGUCUGCCAGGUUCUGGCUGGCGGAUUGCCCGCGCACAGCCGAGGCCGUCCAUUUUGCCACCGUGCUGUACGAGGAGCUGAAGGCCGUGCCCUACAUGGCCAAGUUUGUGGUGUUUGCCAAGAUGAACAAUGCACGGGAGGGGCGACUGCGCUGCUACUGCAUGACCGACGACAAGAUGGACAAGACCCUGGAGCAGCACGAGAACUUCCGUGAAGUGGCCCGCAGCAGGGACAUCGAGGUGCUGGAGGGUAUGCCUCUGCAUGUUGAGCUCUCGGGGAACCUGGUGCCUGUUAAGAAGGCCACGCAGCAGCGCAGCUUCCACUUCCAGUCCUUCCAGGAGAACUGUCUGGCCAUCCCCGUCAAGGUGCGGGACAGCAGCCGGGAGGCAGGUGGAUCUCUCUCCUUUCUGCGCAAGGCCAUGAAGUAUGAGGACUUACAGCAUGGCCUGUGCCACCUGAACAUCACCAUGCCGCCAUGCACCAAGGGGACUGGCAGCAAGGAACGAAGGAGGACUCUGACACCGUUGGCUCUGCGAGAGAGAUACAGCAUCCUCAGUGAGAGCACUCUGGGCUCUCUAAGCGGCACGGAGAAGGCUGAUGUGAAGAUGGCUGUUAUCUCGGAGCAACUGGGCCUCAGCUGGGCUGAGCUGGCCCGGGAGCUGCAGUUUGGGGUGGACGAUAUCAACAGGAUCCGGGUGGAGAACCCCAACUCCCUGCUGGAGCAGAGCGUGGCCCUGCUCAACCUGUGGGUCAGCCGUGAGGGCAAGAAUGCCAAGAGUGGGUAUUUGCCUCCUUCUGCAGGGGCGAGGACACAGCUAGCCCCCCAGGGUUCCACAGUGGAGAAUCUGUACGCGGCCCUGAGGAGCAUCGACCGCAGCGAGAUUGUCGACAUGCUGGAGGGCUCGGGCCGGCAGAGCUGCAGCCUGAAGGGCGAGCGGCAUUACACUGACAAAGACUAUUCCCUCUCUCCCUCCCAGAUGAAUGGUUACACUUCGCUGCAGGAUGAGCUCCUCUCCCCUGCCUCCCUGCAGUACACGCCGCCGUCCCCGCUGCGUGCAGAUCAGUAUUGGAACGAGGUGGCCAUCCUGGACGCCAUCCCCAUGGCCCCCACCGAGCAGGACGCCCUGCUGGAGCUGUCCGACAUGCAGGUGUGGUCCUCGGGGCUCACCCCCUCGCUGGUGACUGCUGAAGACUCCUCCCUAGAGUGCAGCAAGGCCGAGGACUCGGACGCCGUGAGUGAAGGCCGCUUCCUGGGGCAGCUGCUGGAUGACGCGCAUGGCCCGGACCACCUGGGCUCACUGGAUCUGGCUGAGGACGACACAGUGGAUUCAGAUGCCAUGAAUGGUCUUAUCGACCUGCUGGAGCAGGAGGAAGGUCAGAGGUCAGAGGUGAAACUGCCAGCGUGUGAGCGCCAGGCCGGGCUGGCGGAGGAGCAGGGCUUGGAGGAUGAAGUCUCUUUUAUUUCAGGCCAGCAGAGGGUGCAGACCAGGAUCCUGGAGUCGCCAACUGUGAGCCGAGUCGUGGAGAGGAGCAAGGGCAGGCUGAGGGACUGGAAUGCAGAAGGCUCCUUUGUCUGCUGCCUGCAGGACCUGCCUGAGGGGUCCUGGCAGGAGGGGGUCCCCAGAAGCCCAUGUCUGCUGCCCAGAGCGUCCCCUGGUGCAGCCCCCCAGGGGAGGCGCCAGGAGCAGGUUCUGAGGCCCCCAACCGAGCGUCUGCGAAUCGACCCCCACGAGGAGAGCGACUGGCAGCCCCAGCACACGAGGAGCCAGGACUACAGCCAGUGGCUGGAGGAGGCGGAUAGCAGCUUCUUCAGGCAAACAAGGGGCGAUCAGGUUCAGGAUAUUCCGGGGGAGCAGGUGACCGAGGAGCAAUUUACUGAUGAACAAGGCAACAUUGUCACCAAGAAGAUCAUCCGGAAGGUGGUGCGGCGGAUUAGCGCGGGCGACGAGGAGAAGGAGGUGAUUCUUGAGGGCUCUCUGCAGGAGCCCCAGGAGCUGGAAGCUGAGGCAGAUCACUUUAUGAAAUAUGCCAUCCUGCAUCAGGACAAUCUGGGCACCAAGGAGGAGGUGCGAGGGCACGUCCCAGAAUCGGAGCUGAUCGGGGGCAGGAUGGGGGCUUACAUAGUGAAACGAGCCAGCCUGAAAAGGGGAAAGCAGUGACCCCCCCAGGGCCUCUUCCGAGGAUCUCACCUCCACCCCGAACCACUGAACUGCAGCCACGUGUGGCCAGCCCCACGAGGAGAGGCGAGGCGAGAGCAGGCAGGCGACGGGAGCAGGGCUGGCUGUACAUGUUGCUCUAGGCUAAUGGCAUGAUUUCUGUAAGAGACUUUCUUCCCGUCCUAGUCGCAUGAUUGACUGACUGCCAACGCAUGAGCCACAGUUCUUACUACGGACGGGGACCCCAGGAGCCAGCAGCACCCGGGGCAGCGUUUCCCCGGCAGCGACAGGACUCUGCUGCGUGCACCCUGACUCCGGACGGAGGCUGCGGCUAUGAAGGGCUGCCCAGGGCAGGGGCGUCAGCUCCCACCUAUCCCUCAUGUUGUCUCUUGGCUGGGUUUUGCUGCUUCAUCCCCUUCCAAGGAGUGUGUCGGGAGGGGGAAUGUCAGAGCCUAAGGGGGCUGCGGGGGAGGGCCGAAUCACAGCUCUCGAGGGGGCGCCCCCGGCAAGGGCAGGGGCAGGGGAUUGGCUCGUGGCUGCCCUGCCCCUGUCUCUCCAGGAGCUUCUCCCAGUGUGAGUGUGCAGCUCCCAGCAGCACUGAGCUGCUUGCUUGUGUUGAAAGUGUAAACUGUACAGUACUCAGCCUUGUGUAUAUGAACAAAUCACUACUAUGCAAUGCCCGAGGGCACGCAGCGAUGUGCAGAGUGCUGCCCACUCAGUGCCCGCAUACGUCAACGGCUGUAGGACAGGGAUGGCCCCUCAGCCCCUGCCAGGGAGGAGCUCUGGCCAGUGCAGCUGGGAAGCUAGAGGUGUCAGAGGGCGACAGAGCCAAACCUCCCACUGUCAGCCUGGCGCUUUUACUCCCCUUGGCCUUGUUCAUUUCCUGACACCCACCCGGGGCCAGGCAGGGGGCCAGGGCACCUGUGCCAGCCCCUGCCCACUUUGGUUACAGAUGGGGUAAAGCUGAGGGCUUCCCACCAGGCCCUGGCACGGGCCAGGCAGGUGGCGAGCACUGGCACAGCCCGGCACCUGCCUCAGCCCAUUCUUGGCUUUACCCAGCACAAUGGCUCUUCAGGAGAGAUGCAAGGAAACAGCAGUGGGGUUUGCACCCCUGUCCUCUGCACCAUUCGUGAGACCCUCCAGGGUCCCAUGGCCUCUCUGAAAGGCCAAAAUCAGCACAGCCCCCGUGUCCCCUGACCCUUCCAGGACCAACCCCCAGGGCAAAGGAGGCCCGUCAGAGCAGCUCUCCCAGGCUCUUGCACUGCGUCGGCACCACAAACCCUACUGCUGCAGUCCAGCUGUAGCAGACAGGGUCACCCUGCGACCUGGAGUCUCAGCCCCGGGCGCUUUAAUGGGGGCCAGCAGAGCUCUGUCCCAGGCUGGCCUCUUGGGUCAGCUGUUCCUGCCAACAGCUCUGUCCUGGCAGGAGGCCGGGGGUGAGAUGGGGGGGAGCAGCUACCUGGGCUAUUUAAAGGCGCUUAGUAGAUGGAACCUGUUGUGACGUGUGACCCCAAGUGGGCUGGUAGUAGGAAGGGGGUGCUGGCUGCCAUGUCCCUUACCUCCCCUAAGGGUGCAGGAAGGAGCCAGACAGAAACAACUGGACUUGCGCUUUCCCCAGGAAGUCGCCAUGGCCCCAUCUCAAAGGGGCUGACGUGUUUCCCGGUGGCAACACCUAGGCCGAGCCCACCACUGGAGCCAGGCUGCAGCCACCAUGCCCAGCAGGCCUUGGCUGGUGGGCAUGUCUAAUAGAAAAGCCCUCUGCUCCCCUGCAGGCUGAGGUGGUGGGGUAGCUGCAGAGACGCGACUAGGCCAGCCUUUUCCUCAGAGAGCAACAAACCACAUAGGGUACAGACCGUCCAUCCAUAACCCUCCGCUCUGUAACAUAAUGUCCCUAGAUUGGCUGACUCUGAUAGCAUCUCCAUAGAGUCUAGUGCGGGCCCCCUGCUUUGGCCUCUAUACUCCGUAGGGAAUGCUCCACUGCACUCGGCCGGCCCUGUGGGAGCCGCUGCUUCGCGCUCUGAUGCUAGUAGGAGCUGGUAGGGGCGGGGGCACGCUCUACAUGAUGCCUAGAGAAUGCUGCAGGCUGUGCACUAGAUGCUUUUUAGAAGUUUUAAAAUAAUUUUAUUUCCUUUUUUUACUGUUAUGAUGAGCCUUUUGGCUCUCCCUGCCCCCAUCUUAGCCUCUGAUGUAUAGACCAUUCUCCCUGUACACCAGCUACCAGACUACAACUUAAUAAAGAAACCAACACGA